AUGUCGUUCAACUACUCCACCAGCGACCGCGAACAAGCAAGUCGCGAAAAAGUACAAGCAAUGCGUCAGGGUAAUACUCCAGCGGUUCUCCGUCUGGAGAGAAUUGCGGAGCGAAAGGGGUUGAGUGAGGAUGAGAAGGUGGAAUUGUGGCGGAUCGUAAAGUACAGGUACCUGAACAUUGAAGAAGGUACAGACGGCUACGACAAGGGCAGGGGGCCGUGUUUUUCGACAGACCAGAUCGCGAAAGUGAUCUCGACCAUCAAGAAGUGGUCAGAUGACCACAGCGGGACGAGGGCGAUGCUACGCCGAGACGAUAGGCGGGUGGAGAUGUUUUUACGACGCCGACGAUGA